GGCGCGGGGCGGGCUGCGCGGCGAGGCCGGGUGGGCGGCCGCGCUGCUCCCGCCUCACAGCGCCGGCAGCAGCGGGGAGAUGCGGCUCCUGGCGCUGGCGGCGGCCGUGCUGCUGGCGCUGGCUCCGGCCCUGGAGGUGUGUGGGGCCCUCAAUGUCACUGUUUCGCCCGGGCCCGUGGUUGACUUCCUGGAAGGGGAAAAUGCCACCCUUCUCUGCCAUGUCUCCCAGAAGAGGCGGAAAGACAGCUUGCUGGCUGUGCGCUGGUUCUUCGCAUGCCCCAACUCCCAGGAGGCUUUGAUGGUGAAGAUGACCAAGCUCCGGGUGGUGCAGUACUACGGGAAUUACAGCCGUAGGGCCUCACGGGAGAGGCUCCGCCUCCUGGAGGAGAGGUGUGGGGCGCUCUACACACUCUCUGUUUUGACCCUCCGGCCAGCGGAUCAAGGGCAUUAUGUCUGCAAAGUCCAGGAAAUUAGCAAGCACAGGAACAAGUGGACAGCCUGGUCCAAUGGCUCCUCGGCAACAGAAAUGAGAGUGAUUUCCUUCAAAUAUUCUGAAGAUUCAUCCCUUGAGAAAAAGAAAGAGACCUGGGCAUUUUUUGAAGAUCUCUACGUGUAUGCCGUGCUUGUGUGCUGUGUGGGGAUUCUCAGCGUCCUGCUCUUCACCCUGACCAUUAUCUGGCAGUCUGUCUUUAGCAAGAGGAAAUCCAGAGUGAGACAUUAUUUGGUGAAAUGCCCUCAGAACAGCUCAGGGGAGACCGUCACCAGCGUGACCAGCUUGGCCCCAUUGCAGCCCAAGAAGGGCAAGAGGCGGAAGGAGAAGGCUGACGUUCCUCCUGCAGUCCCUGCCAAAGCUCCCAUAGCCGCCACUUUCCAUAAACCGAAGCUGCUGAAACCGCAAAGGAAAGUCGCCCUGUUUGUCUGUGAAUGGAAUUCUAGUUUUGUGAACCUUUUCCACUCCAUCCUGGGAAAUAUGCCAAAGAUUGCUGAGGAAAACUUGACCUAUGCUGAGCUGGAGCUGAUCAAACCGCACCAGGCUGCCAAAGGCAUCCCCGCCAGCACUGUCUAUGCCCAGAUCCUCUUUGAGGAGAACAAGCUGUAACGCCGUCCCUCUUCCGUGGUCCUAUUUAAUACCUGCCACCCUGGUUAUUUAUGAAACCUUGGAAACAAAGUCCUUAUUUUUCUAUUUUCACUUGUGCCUUCUGUGUGGUAGGGAGCCCCGUGCCAACAGUAUUCUAGGUACCUUUAAAGACAGAUACAAGGUACAAGUUUUGAAGGCUCCUCUCUGCAAAAGAGUAGGGUCCACACCCUUUGGACAAAUCUCCCAGGACAAGACUUCUCUGGGUUUGAGCCCUGAGGAAUAAGAACUCUGAUUCUGAGAGCACCCAAGGAGAUUCUCUGCUGAGCCAACUUCACAUUUUCUUCUUUCUCUGGGUCUUAAUUUUUAUUUUUAAAAAUCUUUUUAAAUCUUAAUUUUAAUCUUCUGCUCUUUCUGUAUCCCUGAUAUCAAGCUCAUAGUAUAUAGCUAGAGGAAAUGCCAUUAUAGGCCAAUGUGUGAGAUGGUAGAUACAUAGUAUCUGGUUUUCAGAGGAUUAGAUAGUAUUGCUAGGCUACCCAGAGCAGAACAAACUGCUUAUUGCAAGCAGUCACUCCAGAUAGCAUCUCUUGUUUUAAAUAGAUGCACUGACCCUCAUGAUUUAAGGGCAGAUUGUAGGGGUUCUGAGGUCUAGGCCAGCAGUGAGUAGUCUCUGAACACCCCCAUGCCUGUUUCCCUACCCAGGAUCACCCAAGGCCAUGGAACAGGUUAGAACACCAUUCUAAAGGGUUUCCACCCCUUUGGCAGGGUGGACUUAUGCCAAUAUAGAAACUAAUAUUUCCCACGAAGUUCUUAAAUUCUUCCAAAGAAGCAGGGAAAUUUGCCAUCCACUGGAGGCCUCUUGGAACUGUUAGCAACUCUAAUCGAAUGUCUACUUGUGUGAGAGCAAAGUCUUUUACCUGGUCUCUCCUUGGUAGGAGAGUAGGAAGUACAAGCUGAGCUAGAAAAGUAUGUCUUCGGGUCCCCAUUCUUGCAAAGUGCCUUGUCCAACUCAGCUUCACAUGCAAAUCCUAAUGGGCUCAGGUCAGGGGAAGCAGGGAGGCACGGCAUAUAAACGUGGGGAGGUUGUGCUGCAGACUUGAAAUCCAGGAUCGCCCUGAAGAUGGAUCCAUUCGGGAAGGCAGCCAUCUUGUCAGCUGUGUUGUGAAGGACACUUUCAUGUGAAUGUGCCCUGGUUGGUUACUUACUGCACACUACAGAAAUCGUUUGGCUUUGUAAUGGACCGUGUACAUAUGGUAAAUUAUAUAUUUUCAACACAA